AUGCCAACCAAGGGGUCUUGCAUGUGCGGUGAUCUCAGUUAUGAGUUCGACGGCGAGCCUCUCCUCAAGGGCAUCUGUCACUGCCUGACAUGCCGAAAACUCACCAGCAGUGCCUACACACCAUGCAUUCUGGUCCCAGAUCCAGCAUCAGCGACCGAGACACCACCUCCGGGCGUGUCAUUUGAGCUCUCAUCAAAGUCGAAUUCGAAACCGCGUGAGACAACGACUGUCCAUGAGACGGGCAUGGAGAUCAAGUUCUAUGGCUGUUCCAAGUGUCCAUCCACGCUGUACAAACGCGCUCCGGGCGGAUUUCCAGGCGUGUUGAUUGUGCUUGCAGGUACUUUGGAUGGUGCUGAGGGUGAAUUGAGGGCACAAGGCGGGUUGGAAGAAGGGUUUGGGUCCCCUCAGGUCGAGUUGUGGGUUAAGUAUCGCCUGCCGUGGCUUCAGGAGGUGAAGAGCGCGAAACAAUGUGAGGGUUUUGAGUAA